UUAUUUUUGUUGCUAAAAAAUUAUUUUUAUUAAUUUGAAAUUUGAACCUAAAUUCCCAAAAUAAUGGCCGAUGAUGACGAUAAACCCAAAAAACAUACUUUGGAAUCAUUAUUUCAUUUGUAUGCCAAUUACAAUGUUAUUAACUUCGAUUUAGAUAAUGUGGACUAUGAUUGUAUAUUGCUGUCACAAAUUGACUAUUGGCUGGAGCAGGCUAAACUAUUAAAGACAACAUUUAGCUUAACGGAGACGGGCUUAACCUACAUGAAAUUUAAAAAAUGGCGUUUAGACUAUGAGGAAUUUCAGGAGUUUUUAGAAUUUUUAUGUGCGGACAAAGAUAUUACGGUAGAUGAUGUUAAAGGGUUGUUAUUGGAGGCAGGAGUGCCGGGAGCGGGGCGGUGAUACAGUGGUGGUGGUGAAAUAGUGAUUUAUUUUCUUCAAAUUUGUAUACUUUUAAAAAUGUUGAAAUAAAUUCACAAGUUUUUUUUUUUCAAGGGUAAUAUUUACCAGGUUUUUAUGAAGGAAAAACAUAUCCAUUGUUAGGUGUUUUUUUAUAAUCUUAUAUUUCUUUAUUUACAAUAAAUGGUAUCGUAAUUGUAAUAAUAAUCGAUCUAAAUAUAAUUUAAAUGU